AUGAGAGGCCUCAGUCUCUUUGCGGGAGCGCUCGUGCUCCAGGGCGCCGCCGUCCAGGCCGCCCCCUCGCUCUUCUACGUCGACCCGGUCGCCUCGGCCAACCAGGUCGCCCUGAGCAGCUCGUUGCAGUCGGCCACGCUCAACUGGGCCACCAAGGCCGCCGAUGCCAUCACCCACUCGCUUGGCUUGGGCGGUAGCGCUGGCAGCCUAGCCGACGGCGACGAGGGCAAGUCGAUUCUCGACAUCAUCAACGGCAACGACGACUUCCGUCAGCUCGCCCACGUCCUCAACUACUCGAGCGACUCGACCAAGCAGCUCCUCGACAGCAAGGACAAGAAGCUCACCUUCUUCGCCCCCGUCAACUGGCACGGCGAGCACCACGGCGGCGACGGCGACGACCACGACGGCGACCACCAGGCGCUCGCCCACCGCCACGCAGCCACACAGCACUGGAACUUUAUCGAGCACCAUAUUGCCCUCUUCGAGCAAGACUACGGCGUCGCCAGCCACGGCGGCGGCCACGACGACGACGACGACAACAAGAAGCGUAGGCGUGAGAUCAUCCAGCACCUUAUCGAUGCCGAGGCCUACUACCACCUGGUGCGCUCCGACGAGCCCAUCGACAGCAAGACGCUGGCCGAAAACAGCACCGUAGCCAGCCAGCUCAACACGGGCACAGAGCACAGGUACAACGACGGCACCGACUGGCGCAUCCGUGUCGGCAAGAGCCUGCUGCCCAUCCCCGGCAUCUACCUCAACACCUACUCGCGCGUCGUCAAGCCCGACCUCAAGGCGCAGAACGGCCUGAUCCACGCCAUCAAGUACCCGCUGCUGCUGCCCCCGGACGUGCUGCAGAGCCUCUUCUUCGGCCAGACGACCUUCUCGACCACGACGUCGGCGCUCCAGAAGGUGCACGCCGCCAAGUACCUCGCCUACCGCCCCUUCCACGGUCACGGUCACGGCCACGGCCACCACGACGGCAAGGACGGCGACGACAAGGACUCGUUCCCCGGUGUCGCCGCCGAGACUUUCUUCGCGCCCACCAACCUGGCCUGGAGCAAGCUGCCGUUCACCUUCCGCGCCUACCUCUUCAGCCCGUGGGGUUACCACCUGCUGCAGAAGGUCUUUAUGCUCCACUCGUUGCCCAGCGACAUCGUCUACGCCGACUUUGUGCACCACGUCGAGCGCAGCAAGAAGCACCGCGGCCCCGCCACCCCACGUGAGAUCAGCGUCGACGACGACUCGCAGAAGACGUCGUACACCUUUGACUCGGUCCUGCCGGCCAUCAACGGCACGGGCAAGGGCGAGUACGAGCAGGUCGACGUCGACGUCUACCGCUACCACCUCGUCCCCGGCGGCAAGGGACCCCUGCAGACGCGCGUCGUCGUCCAGGGCGUCCCCGUCAUUGUGCAGGACCUGCCCGCCGCCAACGGUGUCUUCCACGCCAUCGACAGCUUCAUCAAGCCCAAGGGCCACCCGCACAAGGGCCUCUGGGCCGACAUUGCCCGCGAGGCCCAGGCGGCCGGCUUCGGCACCGUCGACCUCGAGCGCGAGGCUCGCCUCGCCUCGUGGUGA